CUUAUUAGUAGCUCUCCAUUUAUAUCUCCCAACAACACAAACAUAAAACUCUACUUCUCGUCGGCUCAUUAUCUGUAUAUACACUUUUUUUAUUUUCCACACAUAUCUCAGUCUCUCGUACCAAUUAUUACAGUUUUGAUUAUUUGCAGUGAUCAUUGGAUAUGGGUCGGGCCAAAUUGGAGAUAAAGCCGAUACAGAAGAGUACGAACAGGCAAAUUACGUACUCAAAACGUAAAAAAGGUUUAAUAAAAAAGGCCUAUGAGUUGUCAACACUUUGUGAUAUUGAUCUUGCCUUACUCAUGUUCUCCCCAUCCGAUCGCCUAUGUCUCUUUUCCAGUCAAAUCAGGAUUGAAGACGUUCUUGCAAGGUACAUCAAUCUCCCUGAUCAAGAAAGAGAGAAUGCUGUAGUUUUCCCUGAUCAAAGCAAACGCCAAGCUAUCCAAAACAAACAUUAUUUGUUAAGGACUCUUGAACAACUCAAAACCGAGAACGACAUGGCCUUCCAAAUCAACGAGCCUCGCCCAGCUAUCCACUCCGAUAUUGAGGAACUUGAGCAAGAGGUUUGUAGAUUACAACAACAGCUUCAGAUUUCUGAGGAAGAGCUGAGGAAAUUUGAACCCGAUCCAGUGAGAUUUACAUCAAUGGAGGAGAUGGAAGCAUGUGAAGCUCAUCUACUGAAGACUCUGAAACGUGUUGUUCAGAGAAGGGAACAUUUGUUGAGCAGAUCCUGCGAAGCACCAAGUACCCAACAAAGCAUGGAAAAUAUCAAUCUAAACAACGUCAUCGAAGGCUGGGGUCCUGAGGCUGGAUCCAAAAAAGGCCCAUAUAAUAGUUAAAUCAGCCCAUCAGUUAAGCUAUGAUCUACUGUUGCAAGGAUGCAGUUCAGAUCAUACGCAAGCUCCAAAGUGAUAUUGGGUGAAUCACAAAAAUGCAUCUUGUUGACAAAAUAAGCGAUGUGUGUAUUGUGUAAGUCCUACGGCUUUUAUCUUUCAAACUACGAACUAUUGUUUGAUAAAGUUUUGAAAAUAUCAUCUAUUGUUGGUUAGC